CAAUGUUUAGAGUUGAUGCGCAUGUCUCGUGAUGCAUAUGUGCGGUUGUGUCAAAAUUUUAGACAUAAUGGAUGGCUCACAGAUAGUAAAUAUGUAUAUGUAGAAGAAAAGAUAGCAAUAUUUUUAUCCAUUAUAGGGCAUAAUGAGCGUUUGUGGUUAUCAAGAGGAGAUUCCAACAUUCUUCGCAAACGAUUCACAAAUAUUUUCACGAGGUUCUUGAAGCAAUGAUGAAGUUUGCAAAAGAGAUGAUAUCAUCUACAACAUCCGAUCCAAAUCUAGAUAUUCCUGGUGCUCAUAAAAGGCUACGUAAAAUUUUUAAGGGAGCAAUCGGUGCACUUGAUGGGACAUUAGUACAUGCCAUUGUUCCCACUAAUCAACAAAUUGUUUACAGAGGAAGAGGAAAGGGUAAAUGUUAUCAGAAUGCAUUAGGUAUAUGUGAUUUUAACAUGGUCUUUACUUAUGUUUACGCUGGAUGGGAAGGAGUAGCACAUGAUGCACGAGUUCUUACAGAGAUUGUAUCUAAUCCAGAAAAUGGCUUUCCAUUUCCUCCUUAUAAUAAGUACUAUCUAUGUGAUGCGGCACAUCCAAACACUCGAGGAUUUCUAGCACCGUACCGUAAUGUUCGAUAUUGGUUAGGAGAUUAUCAGCGUAGGAGGGCCAUAAAUACGGAGGAAAAUUUUAAUCAUGCUCAUGCACAACUCAGAAAUGUUAUUGAACGUGCUUAUGGAGUUCUAAAAGCAAGAUUUCCGAUAUUGGAUAAGAUGCCUCCAUAUUCUAUUGAUGUCCAGAGAGAUGUUGUUGUUGCAUGUUUUGCAGUUCAUAAUUUUAUCAGGAAGGAGCGUAUAAAUGAUGAACUGUUUAAUCAAUAUGAUUCACCUCAGCUAAUAUUUGACGAGGAAGAAGGAGAACAGGAAGAAGUGUUAGAUGAAACAAGUGGACCCAGUUGGACAACUGAAGAUUCGCAGAUAAUGCACAAUAUGCGUGAACAACUUGCACUUCAACUAAUGCAAAGAAGAGGAAAUACUUGAGAUUUUUAUAUUUUCAUUAUUUGAAAUACUUCUAGUGUUUGAACCUUAGAAUUUGAUCUGAUGUAGUUAAUUAUUUAAAUUAUCUUAUACUUGAGCGUUUGAA